AUGAGCGGGGUGUGGGAGACCGGGGAGCCUCGGUGCCAGGCGGCGCUCGCGGUCCUGGCCUCGCUGUGCCGGGCCCGGCCGCCCCCUCUCGGGCUGGACGUGGAGACCUGUCGGAGCUUCGAGCUAGAGCCCCCAGAGCGGAGUCCGAGCGCUGCCGACGCAGGCACCUCUGUCAGCCUCCUCCCAGUGGUAGUUAUCGUGUGUGGCGUGGCCCUGGUGGCAGUUUUUCUCUUUCUCUUUUGGAAGCUGUGCUGGAUGCCCUGGAGGAACAAGGAGGCCUCCAGCCCCUCCUAUGCUAACCCCUCCCCGGAGGCCCUCCAGAGCCCCAGCUCCAGAGGCAACAUGGCGGACAAGCUGAAAGACCCCAACACCCUGGGCUUCCUAGAGGCGGCCGUGAAGAUCAGCCACACGUCCCCAGAUAUCCCCGCCGAGGUGCAGAGGUCGGUCAAAGAGCACAUCAUGCGUCACACACGGCUGCAGCGACAGACCACAGAGCCAGCGUCAUCCACCAGGCACACGUCCUUCAAGCGCCACCUGCCACGGCAGAUGCAUGUCUCCAGCGUGGACUACGGCAAUGAGCUGCCCCCUGCGGCGGAGCAGCCCACCAGCAUUGGCCGCAUCAAGCCCGAGCUCUACAAGCAGAAGUCAGUGGAUGGGGACGAGGCCAAAACCGAGGCCAAGACCUGCGGGAAGAUCAACUUCAGCCUGCGCUACGACUACGAGAAUGAGACCUUGAUCGUGCACAUCCUGAAGGCCUUCGACCUCCCCGCCAAGGACUUUUGUGGCAGCUCUGACCCUUACGUCAAGAUCUACCUCUUACCUGAUCGCAAAUGCAAGCUGCAGACACGGGUGCAUCGCAAGACCCUGAACCCCACCUUCGAUGAGAACUUUCACUUCCCCGUGCCCUAUGAGGAGCUGGCCGACCGCAAGCUGCAUCUCAGUGUCUUCGACUUUGACCGCUUCUCCCGCCAUGACAUGAUCGGGGAGGUCAUCCUGGACAACCUCUUUGAGGCCUCUGACCUGUCCCAGGAAACCUCCAUCUGGAAGGACAUCCAGUACGCAACCAGUGAAAGCGUGGAUUUGGGAGAGAUCAUGUUCUCCCUCUGCUACCUGCCCACAGCAGGCAGGCUCACCCUCACUGUGAUCAAAUGUCGGAACCUCAAGGCGAUGGACAUCACAGGCUACUCAGAUCCAUACGUCAAAGUGUCCCUGCUUUGUGACGGGCGGAGACUGAAGAAGAAGAAAACCACCAUAAAGAAGAACACCCUCAACCCCGUCUACAAUGAGGCCAUCAUCUUUGACAUUCCCCCGGAGAAUAUGGAUCAAGUCAGCCUGCUCAUCUCAGUUAUGGAUUAUGAUCGAGUGGGCCACAACGAGAUCAUAGGAGUCUGUCGUGUGGGGAUCAAUGCCGAAGGCCUGGGCAGGGACCACUGGAACGAGAUGCUGGCAUACCCGCGGAAGCCCAUCGCACACUGGCACUCCUUGGUGGAGGUAAAGAAAUCCUUCAAAGAGUGGCAGGGCCGAGCCGCUAGCUUCGACAGCGAGAGCUCGUGCCCGUCUCCGAAACCACCUCCGACACCCUGA